AAUAACGUAGUGCGGAGAUAACCAUCCCGGGCACGCGCACACAAACAUACUGCUGUCAAGCGUGACACCAUGAGCACGUGAGUAAUCCCGGGCUCACGUGACGUACACUUUUAGUCAUGGCCGACGACUACAGGCGACAGGGUUUCGAGUUGGAGAGAAGGAUAUUCGAGUUAGACAUCAAGUGUUCCAGUCUCAGAACUGAGAAGCAAGAUGAUGACUAUUUACAGAAUGCUUCUGCCAUACUAGACAAGUUGAAAAGCUAUUACAGGCAAGGAGGGGAGAGUAGCAACCUUUCCAAGGUGCUUCAGGAUUAUACACAGGUGAUCCUGGACAUCACAUUUUAUGAAGAAAAUAAACUGGUGGACCAGGAGUUCCCUGAGGACUGCUCACCUUUUAAAAUCCAGCAGCUGCUGCAAGACCUGACAGAGCCAGAAGUUUUGGCAGGGAGACUAGCACCAACACAAGAGGUGCAGUCCAUGUUGGGCCUUGAGCUGUUAGAAUGCCUUUAUUGGAGACGUGGAGCUCUGCUCUACAUGUACUGCCACACCCUUCAUCAACGAAAACAGUGGAUUAAGAAAAACAAGGACACAUUCCUUAAGUGUAUUCAGGAAGGAGUGCGCUACCUAAUGCGGAUGCUGCAGGUGAGAAACUCUGUGAAGCUCAACGAUGGCGUGGUGCUCCAUGACACUGCUACAGCAAGCUUCCUUUCUGAAGGCAUCUUCUCAGACACACACCUGUUGACGAUGAUGUACAUUGGGGAAAUGUGUUUCUGGGCGGUCAAGUACGAGGACUGCAGUGCUGACACGAUGGAUCGCAAAGAAGAUCGCCUGCAGUUUCGGGACAUUGGCACACAGAUCCUCAACAAAUACGUGCUUGCCUGUGAGGGCCCCCUGCAGGGCCAGGGCUGGAACACAGAGAAUGCCAAGGAAAUCCUUAGUAUUUUACAGUGAGCCCAGCUGCCUCUGUAUUGAAGUUGCCCUCAGGCACAGAUCUAAGUUCAGUAUUCAAAUGUGUGUCAACCCCAAAUAAAAAUGCAAUUCAUCCGAUGGGGUGUAAUCUUGUGGAAGGUGAAGUGGAGGUAUGGGGAGGAAGUGUAUGUGAUGAAAAGAGUCUUUGGAUCGGUGUCUACAGGCAACCCAAGCCAAGCGGUCCAGGGAAAAGCCGGGGACAGAGAUGCUAGAGAGAAGAUUGGUGGUGUAAAACUGGCAGGGGGAUCCACCCGAGGUUGUUAAAUAACAUUUAUCCCUGUCCUGCUGAAAAAGCAGUUGUCAUCUUGAUUCCAGACUGUUGACUGGGGCGCUUAUUUUGCUCUGAGAAUGUGUUAUAAUAACAUUAAUAUAAAUAUUAAAAGGUUAUUAAUGAAAUUUA